AGGCCUGCAUUGUGAGGCAUACAAUACACAAUGACCAGAUAGGGAGAUAAGAGUCUGUUACCCCUGGCCUGAAAGGAAUCCAUCCAAGACAUGUCACCUCCUUGUUACUUGCCUUAGGAACAUAAUUUUAAGAAUAGACACGUAAUUCCUUACAUAUUAUUUGUACAUACAUUUCACAAUGAUCAUGGUGACCAGUGGGCUACUGGCUCGCAGUAGAGCCCUCACAUGCCACCCUUUAGUACCCCCUGCCAUUUGACACCAAAAGGUUCCUGGGUCACACUCAAGAUAACACUCACGGAACAUAAACCUCAACUUAAGCUUUCCCUCCACACCUAGUUGUUCCUAGUUUACUGCCAGCAGUGGGGAUUAGACACUGGGCCAAUGGGCUCUGUGCCUAGGGGUCCCGGACAACUGGGGGCCCCCUGGAAAAAAUCCGCCACUGGUGGCAGAAGCCUGGAGCCCUGGCCGCCAGGCACGCAGGGCAGGGGAAGCCCCUGUGCUGAGGGCAGGGCCAGAGGUGGAAGGGGUGGGAUAGAAGUGGAGGGGAUGGAGAGGGGUCCCCCACUUGCUCUGGCCCAGGGCCCCAGCAACCUUACUCUGUCUCUGAGACAUACUUUGCGGGGAAGCCAAACUCUUGUUAAGUCUUAGACCAUCACUGCUGAAGAUUAAGGUGUCUACACUGCAAUUAAAAACCUGUGACUGGCACGGGCCAGCUGACUCGGGCUCAUAAGGUUUGGGCUGUUUAAUUGCAGUGUAGAAAUCAGGGUUCGGACUGGAGACUGGGCUCUAGGAUGCUGCUAGGUAGGAGGGUCCCAGAAUUUGGGCUGCAGCCCAAGUUGGAACGUUGCAGCCUGAGCUGGAACAUCUACACGGCAAUUAAACAGCUGCACAGCCCAAGCCCCGCAAGCCUGAGUCAGCUAUCACAGGCAAAUCACAGGUGUCUAAUUGCAGUGUAGACAUACCCUAACUGUGAUCUUGAAAAAUACAUGUAUAACUUGACUCACCUUGGUAGCCCCAUUUAAUUCAAUAGGAACUAUACAUAUAAGUCAAAUUAUUCCCAUGGUUGAGUGUCUGCAGGAGUGGGCCUGAACAUAGGUAUAAUGCAUGUUUAUUUGUCUUUAUUUGUUAUAAGUUUUAACACAAUUCAGUAAUAUUUUUCCAGUUAACAUUUUACCUUUUAAGUAAGAAUUUCCUUCAAAACAUUGACAUCAUAGAGUUGUCUGUUUUCUUAUUGGUUUUACAAAACUCUUUCUGAUAAAAAUGUUACAGUAAAAUAUUGUUAAAAUAUCUGAAUGACCAGAAAAUAAAGUAUUAUUUUAUAUCUCAACAAACAAUACCCCUGUAUUUUUUAAAAUCAGAGCAUUUUCAUUGAGAAUAUGCAAAACAACCCUUUCCCUCUGAAGACAGUUUGAUUGAAAUCAAGGACCCCAAGAGUCCACCAAACUGGGUACUGAGCCAAAUUGUCCAAUACACAGGAAAAGCGGGGUGGUGGCAGUUGUUUGUGUGCAUCUUGUGGGGUGGAGUGGGUAAUUCCUCCAAGGAGUUUGUGAGAUGUAGUUUUUCAACUGUAAUUUAAUUGUUUUGGGGAGCCUGUUUUAAAAGAUAACUCUUGUGAGAGAUGUUGGGGAGGGACAGCAGGUCCCUCCUGAAAUUAAGAAUUUGGUAGAAAUUCCUGGGGAAACAGUUCCUGGAGGUGAAUGUCAUUUUGGGAAGCAGCUCCUGGGGUGUGUUUGGAAAAGGGCAAUUCCUGGAGGACACAGAAUUUGUUGAGAGUGAACAGUACCCAUAGUCUUUCAGUUGGUGUAGUACCUAGCCACCUGCUUGUAAAAGAGAAGCAGUUCCUUUGUGUGGGUGAGAAGGGAGAGCAGAAGUGAGGCUGUUGGGUGUGUGUAGGGGGGAGAGAGGUUGUUGUGGGUGUAUGUAUGGAGGGAGAGGGGCUGUUGUGGAGAUAUAUGCGUGGAGAGUGGAGUUGUGGGUAUAGGGGUGUGGGGGGGGAAGAGGGGCAAUUGUGGAUGUGGGGAUGUGUGUAGGCGGAGAGUGGGGCUCAUGGUGUGUGUGCAUGUAGGGGCAGUGUGUCUGUUGUGUGUGUUUACGGGGAAUGGGGCUGUCGUGGGGUGUGUGUGGGGUGAAGGACAGCCCCUAGCCGGGAGCCCGGGGAGUGACUUCGCGGAGGGCGGACGCCUGGCUCCUUUCGAGGCGUCCCGCUGAGCAUCCUCAGCCCCAGCAGCCGUUGCGGGUUGGCGGCCCUGGCCCAGCCCGGCCGCAGGCGGCAGCACCGCAGAGUGCUGGCCCCGGGGCGGCCCCUCUUGCUGGGCCGCGAGCGGCGCCUGGAUAAGGUCAGGGCGGCGGUAACGGAAGCUUCUGCCGGUUCAAUGUCCCGGAACAACCAGCACCGCCCUCCGUUCGCCGCCACCUGCCGCCGCGCCCAGCGCCCAGCCCCCGCCCGGGCCCCAUGACACCCUCCGCCCCUGCCACCGGCCGCAGUUGACACCGCGACGGGACCUGCCCGGGGGCGGCGGCCGGGCCCCCGCAAAUCCCCCUCCGGAGCUUCCUAUAUGGGCCACCUGCUCUCGAGGGAGGGAACCAGCCUGAGCCGGGAGAGGAGUCGCCUCCGCCGCCGCGGGAGGAAGGUGCCGCCGCGGAGCCGGAGUUGCUUCCUGCGCGGGCCCUGCAUGCUCUGCUUCAUCGUGCACGGCGCCAGCCCGCCCGCCCCGGAGCAGCCUCCGCCCGGCCGGGACUCGCCGCCUCUCUGCACGGCCCUGAGUUCCCCGGAGCAGCGCGCCGCCCGCCGCCUCCUGCACCUCUCGCCCGCCGCCUGGGAGCAGCGGGGCCCGUGCCAGCGCCUGCUCCUCUCGCGCCUGCUGCCCCCGCCCGUGCGGGCCUUCCUGGGCUCGGCGCGGCCGCCCGGCGAGCCGCCGGCCCCCGACAUGGUGUGUAAGCGCAAAGGGGCCGGCCUGCCCGCCUGUCCCCCCUGCAAGCAGCCCCGCUGCGGCGCCGCAGCCCCGCCAGAGCCGGAGGCUGCCGCUUGCCAGUGCCCGAGCGAGCAGCAGCUCUGUCCCCUCCCCUGCGCCUCGGACCGCGCUGCUGGCGGCGGGGGGCCGCUGCCCGGGGCCGCUGCCGGGGAAAGUGGCGGCGUGGGGGAGCUGGCCGCUGAGCUGCCGCCGCAGGAGGAGGAGGAAGGCAACGAGCCUGACCGCCAGGAGCCGCUGGAGAACCCCAGCGAGUGCUGCCGAGAGUCGCUGCAGCUGCCGCCCCCUGACAUCAACCAGCUGCCGCCCUCCAUCCUUCUCAAGGAACCAGCUUGCUUUGCAGAAGGCUUGAUUGGAUCACUUUCUAUUGCAAACCCAGGAGGUUCUUUGACAUUGUGCUUGCAGAUAUUUUCCAAUUUAUCCUUGAAUGAGCGCUGCCUUUCAGCAUCGUUAGUUUGUAAAUACUGGCGUGACCUCUGUUUAGACUUCCAGUUCUGGAAGCAGCUGGAUCUCAGUAAUCGUCAGCAGGUCACUGAUGAAUUACUGGAAAAAAUUGCAUCAAGAAGCCAGAACAUAUCUGAAAUCAAUAUUUCUGAUUGUCGCAAUGUGUCUGAUACAGGAGUGUGUGUGCUAGCAUUUAAAUGUCCUGGACUUCUAAGGUAUACUGCCUACCGAUGUAAACAACUUUCGGACACCUCUAUCAUUGCAGUUGCCUCCCAAUGUCCUCUUCUUCAGAAAGUACAUGUAGGCAAUCAAGACAGGCUCACUGAUGAAGGACUCAAACAGCUGGGCUCAAAGUGCAAAGAACUGAAAGACAUUCAUUUUGGCCAGUGUUACAAGAUCUCAGAUGAAGGAAUGAUCAUUAUAGCUAAAGGAUGUCUGAAGUUGCAAAGAAUAUACAUGCAGGAAAACAAAUUAGUGACCGAUCACUCGGUAAAAGCAUUUGCUGAACACUGUCCUGAGCUGCAGUAUGUUGGGUUUAUGGGCUGCUCUGUUACAUCUAAAGGAGUCAUUCACCUCACCAAUCUAAGAAACCUUUCCAGCCUGGAUCUACGUCAUAUCACAGAACUGGAUAAUGAAACUGUUAUGGAAAUAGUGAAGAGAUGCAAAAACCUUAGCUCCCUCAAUCUCUGUCUGAACUGGAUCAUUAAUGACAGAUGUGUGGAGGUCAUUGCUAAAGAAGGACAGAACCUGAAAGAGCUGUAUUUGGUAUCCUGUAAGAUUACCGACUAUGCCCUGAUAGCCAUUGGACGAUACAGCAUGACAAUAGAGACAGUGGAUGUUGGAUGGUGUAAAGAAAUUACAGACCAGGGAGCCACCCAAAUUGCACAAAGCAGCAAGUCUCUCAGAUAUUUAGGGCUGAUGAGAUGCGAUAAGGUGAAUGAAGCAACAGUGGAACAGCUCGUGCAGCAAUAUCCACACAUAACCUUCAGUACUGUACUGCAAGAUUGCAAGAGGACCUUGGAACGGGCUUAUCAAAUGGGCUGGACACCUAGUAUGUCUUCUGCUUCAUAACGACCUAUGUGAUAUUACAGUUCGACUAAUGCAUUCAGCAGGUGUAAUGGGGACUGCAGAUUUUGGUUGUACAAUGUUGCAGGAAUAUUUUAAACCUUUUCAUGUUUUUAAAUCUAAUUUUGCUUUCUGUGAAAUAUAUGUUCAAGAGUCCAUUGUUCUAAAAGAGAUUUUUAUUUUAUUUUUAAAUUUUAAAAUUAAUGUUUUUUAAAGCAAUGAACAUUUUAUGUCUGGUGACCCCUCCUGGAAAUUUUGGAACAGAAACUGGACUCUCUCAUUGUAGUUAGACUCAUGUAACCAUUCUGACUCUUAAUUGUCAUCCUAAAAAUCUGCAAAUCCCUAAAGACAUUGAAGAGGGCUCACAACCUUUCAUGAUGCAAUAUAAUUGUGAGUUUACACAAGUUACAGUAAAAUUGAGUUGACUAUACACUGACUUUGAUGUACUGUAAAACUAUGUAUGAAUGUCGAAAACAAAUCUUAAGAAAUGCAUUGUAUCCUUUUUGUACACAUAAACACAAUAUAAAAGCCUUUGGCAGAUUUCCUGAAGUGGAUUCCUACUAGUUCUGUGGAUGGCUUGAGUUAUAUUAGAUGUUAAGCCUAUUUUCUUUUGUUCUCUUCCCUUUGCCUCAGUCAUGCAUGUUUCCUUUGGUUUGUAAGUGAUAACUCAGUGCUAGUACCAGUGUAACUGAUCAGUAUAGGCCUCUGCUGAAACUGGGAGCUAAUCUUAAUCCAUAUUAUUACCUAGACUGACGCCACCCAUGUGUUUUAGGAUGCAUAGUAAGUUAAGAAUCCACAAAUAAUUGUGAUUUUCUUCUAAACAUUUUGCUAAUUACAAAAAUCAUUAUUUUGAAAUUCAUUUUUGAAUGGAAAUCUUAAUAAAUGAUGGUAACUAUUGAAUGGUUAUUCAAGUAGACAAUCUUACUUGUUUUAUGUUGUAGAACAGCAGAAGUGAUUUUUCCUUAAAUAUUCAUAUAGGAGAUGUUGUAUAGAUUUCUCAAUUUUUGCACCUUGCCAUUUUUGUAAUAAGUGAGCUAACAGCGCUUUAAUUUACCACAGAUAACCAAAUGCUGCAUAGAAGACACCCGCUGUGGGAAAUCAGUAAUAAGGCCAUGUUUAUAUAGCUUAAAAUAAUGUUGUUGUUUUUUCUUUUCUUUUCUUUUUUUUAAUUAAACUUUCUGAAUGAACCUGUUUCCUUUCACAAUGCUGUCAUGUUACCGAAUUCUGAAAUGUCAAGUAAAAAGGAAAGUUUAAUAAAUAAAAGCCACAACGCUGAUUUUCCCCGCUGUAGUAUGUGGUUGCUAAUGUGGGUCCCACUCCUGCAAAGCAAGAGCAUGGGCAUAGCUGACCUCAGUGGGACUCCAUCUGGGCAUAAUGGUCCAACCACGUGCAUCACUUUGCAAAAUCAGGGCCUUACUCUAGAAGAGAAUAAUUGCUCUGGAAGAAAAAUUCUUCUGGCAUCCUCUAAAUCUUUGUAUAUUUUAAGCAUUGUACUCUGUGCUUUUCAUAUUUGUUCCCCAGCUACUGAAGACUACUUUGGUUGGCAAUUGUGUACCUGUUUUUUAAUCCAAAACUGAUUUAUAAGAUAAUAUAUGCAGAAAAUAGCUGAAGUGAAUUCAUAAAAAGUUUAAUUUUCUAUAUGUGUCGCAAGAGUGAAAUUUGACAAGUGUUGAUAAGCAGGCAUUGAAAAUACAGAUGUUGCAGCUUUGGUUUGAAGUUGCAUUAACCUUUAGAAUGUUGCAAUUUGGUUAAAGGAUGAUUUUUUGAGGUGAAUAACUCUGCGUAUUUGCUUUUUAAAGGUUAUACUCUUUUAAUCCAAAAUAUCAAAUGCUCAAGUUUCAGCUGACGAGUUGCCAUUAUUGUCAAAGUGUUUUGCUAAUCCAGAUGAACUGAUGCACCAUAACCUGGAGAACAGUUUUAGUAUGUCCGUGCAAUUCUGCCAAAACUGUAUUCCAGUCCCACAGCAUUAAUUCUUGACAACUACAGAAAGUAUCAACUCAAAGUCCAGUGACAGUUGUUAAAUGUUUUUUUAUUAGACACUUCAAAAUGAAGCUGAAAACAUUUAUCUGGAAAAAAUAUAAAGUAGAGUUUUGCUUGGAAUGUCAUAAAUACAUGUGAACACAUAUUAUGCUGGGCUUUUUAUCUACUCCAAAAUGGCAACAAUAUUUUCAGAAUAAAGACAGUGAAUAAUAUUGCAGAUAUAGUGGAGAACUCUAGUCAUUUCUCUUUAAUGUCUUUUUAUGAGUGCAACAAGACAAUUCACACAAUUUGUAAGUUUCUAUUUUUCUGUGAAUGUUUUGACCUUGAGAUGGGUUGCAAUAAAAGAGAGAAGCAAAA